ACACAGUUCCAAUCUUUGCACACCUCUUCGAUGGCUCAUAGCCAACCGAUAAAGGAUGUAGUUCGCUGGACCUUCCAACACCAGUAUUUCCAACAGACUGUGAAGAACAAACUAAAGAACAAAAAAGCGGCUGCGACGAAGACCAAAAAUAUGACUUCUUUAUUUGGACAAAAAGUGUUCUGCUGUGUUCUCGUGCUGGUCAUGGCGUGCUUCUCGGAUAAAGUAAAGUUACUGUUUCAAAAAGGUACCAUCAACCAGACGAUUCAAGUGUACCUUCAUUCACUAGCCAUUAGCUCUUGGAUUGGCAUCCAAGCUUGGGUCAUAUUUGUUGCCGGCAUAACGAUGUAUUUCAACAUGCCGCGUCACGUGUUUGGACACAUCCAAUCAAAACUGUGGCCAAUGUACUUCAGGAUUGGUACAAGUCUGACUGUCAUUGCUCUCUUGACUAAUGGGGCGGUACUUCAACUCAAAGAAAAAAAGACGCGAAUUGAAGAAUUCCAGCAUGUUUCUGGUCUUCUGGUCUCACUUUUAUGUGGGAUAUUGAACUCAUUUUAUUUCGAGCCCAACGCCACACGAUUAUGGAUGGAUCGAUUUGCCUUUGAAAAAGAGAGAGGCUUCGGUAACGAGAUUGGACCAAUCAAGGACAAAGAGCUGCUGGCCAACCCGAAAUACAAAGCUCUCACACACAAGUUUGCAAUGUUCCAUGGGAUGUCAUCACUUGCCACAGUAUUUUCGUUCAUUGGAGGUCUGGUGUACUUAUGGAAUCUUACAUGUCACCUUAUCAACACGUAAUGGUAGAGCUAAGGCUGAGAUUUCCUUAUUAAUAGCGACGAAGCGUGUUGCGAUGAAGAAAGAUAAAUCGCCCCAAGUCUGACCUUCAAGGAAUCAAUGCAAAAGUUGCCAUAGAAACAAUGAAAAAAUUCCCGCCAAGAGCUAGACUAAGAAGACGAUGAACUUAGAACUGAACUGCUCGUAAAAAGGCUAUUCGUUAUAUAAAUGACUAUAGAAUUAAUGGCGAUAUUACUGAACUGUAAGACAUAUACACACAAAGUGUAUGGGCCGAAUGCUCACUCUAUUUAUACAAACAAUUUAUAUAAAUAACAUCAAGACAAAUUUUUAACUUAUAAAAUAAUUUCUACAUGUUUUAUAA